AUGGCAGGCGAAACGGGCCCAAUCCAUGUAUCCCGGGCGGUUGCAAUGGUGAUGGCAGCAUUCCUUGCCCUCUCUUGCUUCAAUGUCCUUGAAAUUACUAUCUCGACCUUCACAACAUUUCGUCGCCGCCGUGGCCUGUACUUUUGGAGCAUGCUUAUAGCUGCAUGGGGAACACUUGUACAUGCCAUCACGGGGUUCCUUCGCUACUUCGCCCUUGCCCCCAAUUUUCCAAUGUCAGUUUUAAUCUGCAUUGGCUGGUACGCUAUGGUGACGGGCCAAUCGGUUGUGCUGUACUCUCGACUUCAUUUAGUGACGAGCCAUAAACAAUAUCUUCAAUUCGUACUGUGGAUGAUUAUUAUCGACGCUUUUAUCUUCCACGUCCCUACAACAAUUCUUUUCCUAGGAAGCAACCACGGUGUUUCUAGCUGGAUCUCGCCCUUCAAUAUCUACGAGCGGGUGCAAUUGACGGGUUUUUCCGUUCAAGAAAUCAUAAUCAGUACCCUUUACAUCUGGGAAACAUCAAAAGGUCUUCGGCCUGUUUUGGCCCUCAAAGGUCCUCGCGGCAACAGGGUAGUUGUAAACAUUAUUCUCGUCAAUGCAAUCGCCAUCGCGCUGGAUAUUGUUCUUUUGGCUUUGGAAUAUACAGGCUAUUUCGAUAUUCAAACGACCUUCAAACCUUUGGUCUACAGCCUCAAGCUCAAAAUGGAGUUUACGGUGCUGAACAGUCUUGUCGCUGUGAUUCGCGCAAGUCCCGCGUCUAUUGAAGAUAUUCAACCAUCUCAUGAUGAUCUUCAUAUUCAACCGCGCUGGAGCGAUGAUCAUUCGCCACAUAGUCGUGAAGGGAUUGAUCCUGAACAUCUUGAAAACCAUGAGGCUCGACUGAGAGACCGCAGCCGAAGAAAAAAGCCGACCAGCUCCCCUGGAUCUUGGACCUCUGAAUAUCCGAUGAUUUCGGUUGGUCAGGUAUAUCAUAGAGAUUCUUAA